AUGAGCCACCACCACCAUCACCAUCAUCAUCAUCAUCAUCACCACUACCCGCACGACCACGGUCCCAUUGACGACCAUGAAUAUCACGACCAUGACCACAAAGCCCAUCCCGAAACCUACAAUCUUGCUGGUGCGGCAAUCUUUUGGACCUACAUCAUCCUCGCCCUGCUCUGCACCAUCGUCAUUCUUCUCCGCCUCCAACGCCUUGCCAAUGCGAACAACACUCCCACUUCACAACGCCAUCCCAGCGCCACUAGACCCAAACUCAUUCUCCUCAGCCUCCUCGCCCUAACAUCUUUCACCUCACUCAGCAUCCACAUGCUUCGCUUCCUGAUCGAGUCCUAUACCGCCUACGCAAAUGGGCAUCUUCGUCCGAUCGAUGAACUGGCGCGUAUACACCUGACUUCCGGCGUCUUCCUCCCCGGCCCAGCCGCCAUCGCGGGAUUCGCUCGAGCAGUCGGCUCGCAGAUCUGGCAGUGGAGCGUGAACAGCCGACUAUUCGUGGACUUUGCGCAGGAGUUGAUGCGGACGAGUCAAGGGAGGGCUUGGAGCUCUGCAACGCUAUUGGCUAGUACAGCAGCUACGAUCUGGAUGGGCGACAGGAUCAGGGUAGAGGGGGUCGAGGGAGUGGGUUGGGUGUUGGGGUUGAGUCAAAUCCUGCCUGUGGGGUUUGGCUUGUGGUUGUUCUUGAUAGGAAUUCUGCUGGGGAGGAAGACAGAAGAGCCGCAGCGGAAGCGGCCAGUAGGCGACACGAUCAAAUCUGCGCCUGGUGAGGGCAAUUCCGACUGGCUAGGAAAGCUCCUGCCCGCAGCAUUAAUGCCUACGAUAAUCUUCGCUGAGAUGCUUGCGGCCGUGACGACACUGCCUUCCUACAUAGGGACGUGGAAAUUUGUGCCGCUGGUACUGCUGGUCAGGCUCAUUAUGGCGCUGCCAUUCCUAUUGCCAUCAUUGCUUCAGCUCUUGGGAGGUCAGGUCAUUGAAGAUCAGCAGAUGCCUCCAUCUCCUUCGGCGUUUCAGUUGUCGGGAAUGUGGGUUGCUUGCAUUCUCACAAACAUCUGGCAGGCUGGUUUCAUCGAUCGGCCGAGUCAGUGCUGGGAGUCGUUGAAUAGAAGUUCGGCCGUAAGUGCACUCGGCUAUGACUUGAUCAUUGGGAUCGUUGGCUUGGUGUUCUUCAGUUGCUUGGGCGGAUUGAAUCCAGAUGUUAUAGCACAGCAGCAGGCUACACUUCAGCAUGGCGGUGGGACGGAGAGCGAGACAUCGUGA